UGACAGCGUAAACGUCAAAAGAAGUUUUUAUUCGAAAAAGCAUGCCGAGAAAAAUGUUCGCGAGUUCCAAUUUUAAGAUUUUCCGAUAAUUUCCCGUAAUAAAACGAGAAGCGUUGAGUAAAACCAUGGCCCGGGUACUCGAAUCUAAAGAUUCGGCCGGUUUGUUGCCGUUGGACUUCCGCAGGGGCGACGAUACGGGUCCCCAAAACCCCACAUUGCAGAAAUUUUUGAAAUCCCUCUCAAAUUUGAACCUGGAAUUUGAUUGUAAAGAAGUUAUUAAUGAAAUUGUACGUUUUUAUAAAGUGUCAGGAGAUAAUAAGGAAUUAAUGGAGGAAACAAGGAGUGUCAUCAUUGAACUUUUCACCAGAUUCAAUGGCAAAAAGCAGCUAAAAAAGCACAUCCAGGACUUAGUAAUCAAUGAGAAUCUAGGAAAUGAGAUAGUGAAGGCAACGGCACAUUCCCUGCUAGAAAAGAUCAAGAAUGAAAAAACAUGUGAUCUAAAAAAAUGCAAUGAAUUUUUGCAUUUUAUUUCAGUGCUGCAAACCACAUCCAGUUAUAAUUUCGAAGAGAACUUUAGGCCUUUAUUUCCCUUAUAUAUGUCUUUAUUUGAUAAUUUUGCCAUCUAUGCUAGUCAAAUCAAACAAGAUAUCAUCCCAGAAAUAGAAGAACUAAAUAUUGUAAUGAAUGCAGUGCUCAAACAAAUCCUGCCGGUUUUUGUGAAAAAUCUGUCAUUCCUAGAAGAAAUCAAAGGACAAUAUUUGCAAUCUCUGCUUAUGUACUCAUACAUUUUACUAUUUAAUACUAAAAUUGGCUUCGAUUUGAGAAUGAAGGUCUGCCUAAUAUUUGUGUAUGCUUUUAACAUCUUGGAGGGGGAUUCUAUGAGUGUGGCUCAACUGAUUAGUAAAAGUGGUUCCCCAUUUAAUCUUGCAAUAAACCCUUUAGACGGUGAGGAAACCCCCACUGAUUAUCUAAUAAUAAUUUACGCUUCGAUUUUGUGUGUUUUACCUGAGAACCGACUUAUCACUGAACAGGUCGACGGUAAAUUGUUAAUAUGUGUUUUGUUUGAAGGCAUUCUAGACACAGCUAAAAGUAAUCCAGGUCAUUCGGUCGUUUGUAUGGAGACCAGCCGAGCCCUAUGCCACAUCGCGAAAUAUUUGAAGAAUAUUCCACAGGAUUUGAUUAAAGAGAUGUUUCUAGACGGGUUGUUUUAUGUUUCAUCUAAUGCCGAGCAUUUUAUUGAUACAGUUAGGCAUUACGCACGGAUUUUCUUUGAUGAACUGGUUGGCCUGGCAGCAUAUCAUCAGGGCAAAGAUUUCUUCGAGCUGACCGACAUACUAAUCGAAAAAAUCCAAGAAAUACCAGAGGAAAGCUGCAUACGAUUCUACGCAUACGAAAGUAUCGCGAGAUAUUACGGGUGCGAUUUCCUAUUGAAGAAAUUCGAGCAUUUGCCGCUGGUGCUGCUGGACCAGAUCGAUAAUCAAACGGUGACGGAUCAGGUGUGCAAGACGUACCAAAUGUUGGUGGAGAAGAGUUUCGUGUUCUUUCCGGUGGACAGCGAGAAUAAUUGGGCGAAAACGUGGGUGUUGCCUGCGAUUAACGUGUUAAAAUCGGGGAAGGACAGCGAGAACUUUUGCCAGAAAAUCAUCAGUACCGCUUUCAGGUUACAACCGGCCAUUUUGAGAAUGAUUUUUCCUAGCGACUAUGUGGGAACUGUAGAGGAGUCCAAAUUACUUCUACAUUGUCUACAUAAUGCCAGAAAAAGUGGCAUUGAACUAACUUUAGAAAAGGACAGUAAUUUGUAUUGGAGGGGGCUGAUUGAUAAGCAAAAGAUGGACAUGUAUAUGAUACACCAAAAUGAAGAGAUUCGGCUCCUGGUCCUCGCCUCUAUAGCAGAAAGUCUAAAAUCCACCGAACUCUAUUUAGACUGGGAAUUUAUAUUUUUAAUCAAUUUUAUCCGUUACAACAUAACCGCCCAAAGUCCGAACGUCCGCAAACAAAUCGUCUCCUACUAUAAAAAAGUGUUAACGCGAUACGACGCCGGAAUCAAAGUGAUCCAAAGGAACAUCGUGAAUUUAACGAAAAAAACGGAAUUAAACUGCGCAAGUAGAGAGGAAAAAAAAUACUUGCUGCUCUAUCAGGAGCUGAAAAAGAGCUACAGAAAGUUCAUUUGUAAUUUGACACGGAUUUUAAUCGGGAAUUUGUCGUACGACUCGAAUUUCCCCAGGAGGGCGACCAGUUUGGAGCUGUUGUUGGUUAUCAAAGACCUUUUGGGACCGGAUGAGUGGAAAAGUUGCUGGCAGGACGACGACGUGAAAAACAGUCAUAACAUUUUGUUCGACAGUUACGAGAACAAUAAGAAGAUGAUUGUGAAACUGUUGAAGACUUUACCGCCGCAGUAUUUAGGAUUUUUGAACGCCAACUUCACCGUAAAAUACCUACAGCGUAGCUUCGAAAUGGCCUUGGACGUAAAACCAAGCAAAACCCUCUCGGCCGCGUAUUUGUUCGAAGUUUGCUCUUAUUCGCCUCACUUCAAAGAGAUCGUCCGUUGCGAGAGCGGCGAGAACGCGAACAAGUUCCACGACCCUACUUUGGACAUGAUCGUUGUCCUCACCCGGAAACUGUUAGACAAAAGUGAGGAAAUUAAGAUGGACAACGUCAGCGUGACCCAGAUGGCCGUUUACGGUUUGAUUUUGAGUGUGAGGCACAUGUUGGAGAACCGGGAUAUGGGGAGCCAUAAUGAUUCUUAUAAAACGGUGUUCAGUCAUUUGGUGUCCAAUUGUUUUAAAAUAAGCGAGAAAAUUAUGCCGGUGGUGUGCAACCCUUCGCCCGAGGGUUAUUUGCCUGAUAAUGUGGAGGAAAUUGGGAUUUGUGAUAACGACGAAUCGCCGAAGUCGCAACGGUUUUUAGUGUAUGCUUGGCGUACAAUGAAAGAAAUGACCCUCCUGCUUGCCGAACUGGUAAAACAAUCCAUAAAGCUAGAGAACCAAUUGCAAAUGCUCCCCCAAGAAACCCUCAAGGAAAUCGGCGAGUUUUUCGUCAACGUGUUCGUCCAGAGCAGACAUCGUGGCGUAUUCGAACAAGCUUACGUCGGUUUCAGUACAGUUUGCGAGCACUUUUGGCGAUCUUCUUAUCCAGCCAUUGCGAUCUUACCGAAAAAAUGGCUUAGGGAGGCCUUGGAGCUGUGCACUGGUAAAAAACACUCGGAGGAUCUUUGCGCUACAAGAAGAAGCGCUGGUCUGCCGUUUCUGAUCCUCUCGAUCCUGACCACAGGACCGGACCCGAACAACUUCCAUAAAACGAUGACGAUUUUAUUUUUAUGCGCCGAGGAUCAUCGAAGCGUCACCGAAGAGACCCGAAUGCACUGCUUGAAUGUGCUCCGGGCCAUAUUCAGGCACAGCAAGUUGGGGGAGUUGGUCGCCUCCUAUGUUGCCCGAGGUGUCAUUUUGGCCAUCGGCGGGUUUAAGAGCGAAUCCUGGGGGGUUCGUAAUUCGUCCACGUUGCUGUACGCCGCCCUGAUGACCCGAAUGUUUGGCGUGCAAAGAACCUCCGAUCCGGAUCAGUUGUGUAUCAAAAAUAAACUGACGGUUAAAGUGUUUUUUACGCGUUAUCAGCAAUUGCACCGAUUUAUUUUGGCCAGUUUGGCCGAGGAGUGUCAAAACAAGUCCAGUUUGAUUUUGCAGCCGAUUUUGAUGAUUUUGGCGCGGCUCUAUCCGUCGAAUUUCGAUGAGGGAUCUUCACAGGUAUCCGAAUAUCUACCGUACAUCGACAUUUGCUUAUCGAAUCCCGAAUAUCGAACGAGAGAAGCGGCAGCUAAAGCAUCAGUGGCCCUGAUAAACGUCAAAGAUGUCAAAAGUCACUUUGACAAGUGCUUUCAGCGACUGUCCAAUCAUAAAAUACCGGAUAACGAGUGUCACGGGACACUAUUACAGAUGCAUCAUAUAUUGAAAAGUGUCCAAAUAAAAGAGCUACCCAUAUCGGAAUAUUUAAAACAGAGCGCGCAUAUAUGGGAACACGGCGAGAAACGGUUCAGUCAUAUGACGGUCAGUUUAUACACGGAGUUGGUCACGUCGUUUUUGUAUAUCUUUCGAGAUUUCGACGACCUCUCGUGGCUCAAACGGAUUCUACUGUACAUCUCGAAAAACGUAAAAAACUACGUUGAACCGUUGACGUGGAAAGGGAAUUUCGCCCUCACCAGAACCCUAUUGGCCUGUUUUAUCAUAAUCAAUAAACUGGAGGAGACAAACGUGACCUAUUCCACCAUCACGAACGAAAUUAUUGGGAUUUUGUACGGGAGACCUACGCCCAUGAAAAAAUACUAUUUGGAAUUGCUGAUUUGUUUAAAUCAAAUGCACCUGUACUAUACUAAGGUAGACACUGCUGUGUUUGGUUCAACUAUGGCACGCCUAAGCCUCUCUCAGGGCCGUACCGAUACGCCCCAUAUCGAUCAGAACAUGGAAAGCCACGCCCUAUUUAGCACCGGCGAUGUGGAAAUAACCAGCGAUAUUAACGAUCUGGUCAAGUCGUUUAAUAAAACCUCCGUGGAGCAAAUAUUGAAACACAUCCAUAUGUAUUUGAAAGGGUUUUUGAUGGAGGAGCUGAAGAUCCAGAAUUACAUUAAGAAGGAGGAUCGCGUGUUGUUAUUUUUACUGUUAAACUAUUAUCCCUGCGCCAUUAAGUUUUUAAGGUUAAGUAAACAAGAAACCCUAAAUACGCUCCUGAGCUACUGCGACUGUGAUAACGAGGAGCUGAUCAGUGCUGUGAUAAGUUGUAUUAGUACGUUCCUCACCGAAGUCGAUUAUAGCCUACUAAAAUAUGACAAACUGCUGACGGUUUUAUCGAAUUCCGCAUCUCCGGCGGCCGCGCUACAUCGUCGCCUGACCGUUUGCGAUUUCCUUUGUAAAAAUUAUUCCCUGUAUUGUAAUGAGGAACCGGUGUUAAAAGGUGACGAUUUGUGUAAAGUCCUUAAUAUAGUAAUGGUGCUGCUCGAGGAUGAAGAUUUGCUAGUCCGGAACGCGAUGAGUAACUUCGAAAACGCCUUGAAAGUGCGGAUAAGGAUUAAUAAUUCUUUAAAUCAAACCAUACCGGGGGAUCGAUGGCCAGUUGUACCGGAAAAGGCGAAAGAAGACCUGAUCCAUCUGAUAACCGUUUUAUUGCCCCAAGAGAAGGCCGUUUGUAUGAUAUUUAGUUGGGCGUGUCGGUACUUUCCUGAUCCUUGCAGCAAUGAAUCUCAGGAGAUAUUCGAGCGUGGUGGAGCGAACCAGUACGCCGAAAACACCCCGUUGAUCGACAUCUGUUCCCGGGUCCUGAUCAAAAUGUUAUGGGCAUUGCCGGAGGGUCUGUCUUAUGACGACCGGUCGAUUUUCCCCGAGGAACAGACCCAGAUCGUCACGACGAUUUUACUAAAUUCACUGACGAAAUACGACUCGCCGAUGAUGGGGUCGAAAACGAAAAUGUCUGUGAUAUGCGGCCUCAAGUCGAUUUAUAAGUUUUUGGAAAAUAGCGAGAUUAGUCCUAAUUUUUGUACAAACUUCCGCACCUACCUGAACGACACGAUCCUAAACUACUUGACGAACCACCUGGAACACGGCGACCUGUUCUGCGUGAAAAAAAUCAUCAGAAAACUCUACGAUCCGGUUUUCCGGUUGCGCAGAUGAAAAUUCACCACCGUCUAAGGAACCACCGAGUUGUACCGGUUUACUGUACAAUUUUGUGAUCUCGAGGCGGUUUAGUCAAAAAAUAAAUUAACAAAAAUAAUCUCGAAACGAAUUCAAUCAAUAUUGUUUUAUUUUUAAGGUUCAAAUUUUGUUUUUUAUUUUUUAGAUGUUUUAUAUUUAAAUUUUUUCUAUACUAUGACGCCCCAAUUUUAUAGCGAAUUGUUACUUUAUUCAUAUGUAUAAUUUUUCUAAGUUGGAAUUUUUUAUGUACAACCAACUGCAAGUUAUUGUGGACAAAUUAUUAUUGUUUAUUCAAUAAAUUACGAUUUUUAUGAUUAUGA